GUACAGAACAGGAACCGGAGCUGGAGCUUUUGUCUCGCGCUCUCGGUCAUCAUGUCGAGCUCGCGCACGAUGCAGUAUAUCGGUCUCCUGCUGCUCGCCGCCAUUCUGCUGCAGACCAUCGCGGUGGCCGUCACCUUCAUCUACUUCAGCAACGUCCUGAGCACGAUGAAGGAGACCUUUUCCAAAAGCAGUGUGUCGUGUCUGAUGCGCUCGAACCUGCGCGCACUGAAGGGUUCUGACCCGAGCAGCUCGGAGGGAAAGGACGAUCCCUGCUGGCAGGUCACACAACAACUCCACUUCCUCAUCGAGAAGUCGAUGUCUAAUCGCUACCAGGAAGAAAUCUCCUCAGUGGUUAAAGAUGAAGUGUCCCGAGUCCUUCCCUCGUUGGUGAUGCAGGAGCAGGAUGAUGUCCCACGGCCCAAGAUUGCUGCUCAUGUUACAGGCAGUUACACACCAGAGAAGGAUGCUGGAGGUGCCUCCAACAGGAAGGUGUACGGCCAAAAAAUCCAGUCGUGGGAAUCCGAGAAAGGCCUGGCCUUCCUCCAAAACGUGGAUCUGAGGGAUGGAGAGCUGGUGGUGCCGCAGGCCGGACUCUACUACAUUUAUUCUCAGACGUAUUUCAAGCACACACUCAUAGAGGAAGAGGAACAGGAGGAAGAUGACGGUGCGGCCAGGGGAAAGCCAAUGCUGCAGUACGUAUAUAAAAAAGUGGGUUCUUAUCCGGUGCCCAUCCUCCUGAUGAAGAAUGCAAGGACGACCUGCUGGUCCCGGGACGCUGAGUUUGGACUGUACUCCAUCUACCAGGCGGGGCUUUUCCAACUAGGAGGCGGAGACAGGCUGUUUGUAACCGUCAGUAACCUAAGCACCAUUGAAAUGGACGAGAAGUCGAGCUUUUUUGGUGCUUUCUUGGUCAGCUAGGUCCAACAAGCGACAAUGACCAGGAGGUCCUUUAAUGCUUUCUGUGUGUCAGUGGAGCGACAAGACUCGGCUUGUGAUUUUUUUUUUACUGAGCUCUCUUUGGAAUGCUGCCAGAGAUCAAAUCUUCUGUAUAUGUGUGCUGAGCGAGUUCACCUGACUUGCACUGAUGAGAUCUGUGAAAUAUGGUGAAUUUGACUUGAUUGAUUUACUGAAGAAAAAAAAAUUAAAAGCCCAAAGGAAACACGCAGGAGUCAGAAACCACCGAGAGUCAGAGACGAAGCUGAAUUCCGUCUGCUCAGGAGACAGGGACAGAAAAAUGCUCAGCAGCUCAUUUGGGAUGAAACCAACUGGUCCCAGUGAACCCUGAUGUUCUGAACUGGAAUAUAUUUUAUGUCCAGCAGGCAGACUGAGAGUGAAAUUCCUGCACUGUGAACGUCUUUACAUCAUAAAGAAUGAGACGCUAUUUUAAAUCACACUGAGAAAUGACACUGAGGUUCAUCAUCAGUGAUUUAUUGCGACGUAUCGUAGAUUUGUAACGUUAUUUCCUGUCUGUAAAGCAUCAGUGUUGAAUGAAUUUGGAACUACCCUAAAGAAAACGUGAGGAAUCUUCUGGAUAAAAACAGCUAUGAUUUCUUUACAUUCUGAAACUUUUUAUAAACACAACUUCAUUAUGAACUUUCAGCAUCAUCUCUGCUUUGAUGUUUGUUUAUUUAUGGAUAAAUCUAAACAAAAUGAUGAACGAGUGUUCGAGGGACAGCGCCGAGUGGUUUGUUCCAAAUGAGAAACUGUAGAAGUUCAAACUGAGAAAUCAGCUGUGUAAAUUUAUUCAUUAUUUUUACUACAUGAACAGAGAUUUCACAAAACCUACACUGAAUAAAGUCUCUUGUGAACUCUGGA